UUUGCGUUGCCGUUACAAGGCCAACUCCCCUUCCUUCCGCUGAGACACACUGAGCCCGCGUAGCAACUGAGGACUUGUAGUGUGUUUUGGCACCGCCUAUGCAAAUUGCCACAGGCGAACACACGGAGCAGCUGACGUGCAAAGGUCCCCUAGCGCAGAGUAGAGGCGCGGCACGGCCAGAUAAAAGACCAGCCGGGAUAUCAACACUCAGCCUCAGUUCAGCGGAUGCACCUCGGUAAGUUGAUCGUCUGAGAUUCACGCCAUCGUAGCCGCUCCGAGCCACCCCCCUUUUUGAAAUCCACCAUGAAUUUCAUACUGGAAACCCUGAAAGUCCUCGGGCUAGUUCUGUGGUACAGCCUGGAGUCCUUCGUGUUCUGCUUCAUCCCCACCAAGAAGAAGAACGUGGCGGGUGAGGUGGUGCUCAUCACGGGCUCCGGCAGCGGCAUCGGGCGGCUCAUGGCCCUGGAGUUCGCCGACCUCGGCACGGUGCUGGUGUUGUGGGACAUCAACCAGGAGGGCCUGACGGAGACCGCCCGGCUGGUCAAAGAGAAGGGGGUCACCCGGGUCCACUGCUACGUCUGUGACUGCAGCGACAAGGCCGAGGUGUACAGUGUGGCCGACCAGGUCAAGAGAGAAGUGGGAGACGUCAGCAUCCUGGUCAACAACGCUGGCAUCGUGACCGGCAAGAAGUUCAUGGAUGCCCCUGAUUCCCUGAUCGAGAAGUCCAUGGAGGUCAACACCAUGGCUCACUUCUGGACCUACAAGGCCUUCCUGCCAGCCAUGAUCGCCAACAACCACGGACACUUGGUGUGUAUCGCCAGCAGCGCGGGACUCAUAGGAGUCAACGGACUGGCAGACUACUGCGCCAGUAAGUUUGGCGCUGUGGGCUUCGCCGAAUCCAUUUCCUUGGAGCUCAUCGCCACCGGCAAAGAUGGCAUCAAGACCACCAUUGUGUGUCCCUACUUCAUCAACACCGGCAUGUUCGAUGGAUGCCAAACCAAAUGGCCCAGGCUGAUGCCGAUCCUGGAGCCGACCUAUGUGGCCAAGAAGAUCAUCCGCGCGGUGCUCACGGACCAGGUCUUCCUGCUGCUACCACGGAGCAUGUACCUGAUCGCAGGCCUUAAGAACAUCCUACCCACCAAGCAGGGGGUCCUACUGGGCCAGUACCUGGGAGCCUUCAGCCUCAUGGACACCUUCCGAGGACACAACAAGAAAGUGCAGUAGCCGGGACGAGGCGGUGGCUUCGUGGUGGGGGAGAAGGAGAGGCAGAUGGGGGGGAUCGUUGAAAGCAUGCCUUCCGUCUUCAGGGUUUUAGGUUUUAAUUGGCUUGCAAGCCGUUGGAAAAAACAGAAGUUGUUUUUUUUUAAUCAAGAAAGUUCCUUGACGUAUGUUUAAUAGGAUUGGAUCCAUCCUAAGUCGUUGUGUUUUUGAGUGUUCAUUCAUAGCGGCGGUGGCGCCUUGUUAACUACUACGCCAUUAGCUGCCGUCUUCAUUCGGUUCCGAUGAAGAAUACUAACAAGGUUGUUAUUUUCACUUAAUUGAAAUGCAAAGUUUUUUUUUUUCUUGUUUUUUUUUACACCAAUGUGAAUUGUGUUUGUUAAAAGAAAACCUGCAGUGGGUAACCAUUAGCGAAGGAGACCGCUGAAGGAUAAUGAACGAGGAUUCCUAGUCUUCCACUUGACACUUACCAGGUGCUGGGGGGUGCAGUCCCUUCCCCACACCAGGAUCCCUCAUCCUAGUGCCUCCAACAUUUCAAUGGGCUCCGACUUGAAGGAAAAUUAUCUAUAUUCGUAUUUUGACUUGUUGUAUUGGUAAGUCCCCGUGUUCCAGAACUGUUGUGUCUUUAGAAUGUAUGCCUUUGUAAUCCAGUUAUGACCUCAGUCGUACGGUGCCGAAGAGAGGACCCCGUCGAAGGGUUCCUGUGGUACCUCCCGUUCUGUACGCUCCAAAGGGUUAGACGGUCGAGGUUGGUAUCGGCUAUACACGAAGUGUUCAUGUGCAGAGAGAUUUGCCGAGAACAGAAGUAAAGGUGAAGUGAAACAGCAAAGCACACACCUCCACGCCCCUACUGAAGCAGUCCAUGACGUCCACCCCUCUGUCUGGGGACAGGGACAUUACAGCACAGACUGCUGCUGUAGCGCUCAACCCUGGGUGGUGGGGAAACCCAAACACUUCCUAUAGUCAAAAUACAGGUCAGUGUGAGCCCACCACGUUGGUGCUGUGUGAGAUCGAAACCGGAAACUGAACUGUGGUUUUGUUUCAGGUACACAUUUAAAUGAAGGAGUUGUGACACUGUUGCUGCUUUUAAUUCAUAAUUUCAUGCCCUGUGGUGGAUUUCGUUUAGUUUAUCAAUAGUUUAUCAUUGAAAUCAUUCGGAUUGUCGACUUGGUCAUUUCGAUUUUGUCCCAUUUCACUCUCACAAAAUUGCCAACUUUUGUAUGUGCAUAUGUAUCAAUAACUUGCUCUAGUGUUAGAGACAUUUCAGCUCCCCUCACAUAUGGCAUGCCUAUGUAUGUUUAGAUUGAUCAGAUACCCAUGUACCAGAAUAGCCAGUAUUGUGCUUUUACUAUACUUUAGCCAAAAAUGUUGUUUGCUUAAUUUGAAGUGUCAAACUGACUUUACAUUGCAAUAGUAUUACAAAGUAAUACUGACCAGGGAAGUGGCACUAGAAGUAGCCCGAUGCCAUGGAUGUAGUGCCUCUUUAUCGUUGUGGUCGUGUGGGACCGGUCCUACGGGACCAGCACACUGCUGCCGGUGCACAGAAGGUCUGCUCAGCCAAACCAUCCGGUCGUUUACUUUGACCACCAAAGUAGUAUAGUUCUUAUAAUAGCAUUAUUAUAUUCUCAACGUAUCCUCGCAUGUUUCCCCUUAA